CAAUAUAUUAUCUUCCAGGCAAAAAAACUUAAGAAUGGAAGAUUUAAUCUUAAUUCAACUAACAUUAUCAGAUGGAAUACAACUAUUGUUCUCUUGAAAUGUCAAAUGAAAUAACAAAAAAGCUAGAUCUAGGUGUGCGUUUGUAAGAUUGUAAACGUUUCUGCCUGUAAGACCAUACGCGGGGAACCACUUCCUUAAUAUUAUGCGUGCGCGGGUUAUUUACAAAUUGUUAGCCGCGCCAUUGUUUUUGCUAAGGCUAACGGUUGCUAUAUUUGCAAUGAAAUAGUAUUUCUAGCAACUUUCAAAUAUAUUUCCACUUCCUUUGCGCUAAUUUGUGACACUACCAGUUAAAAAAAUGCAUUAUGAUGGUUGAGCAAUUACAUCGUUCUCAAAAACGAAAUGAUAGCUAACGUUAGCGGUUAACUGUUUAUUUCAGUGUUGCAUUUGGAAACGGUCGAGGGACAUACCGUUUAAAACAAACAACGGAUAAACACAAAUGGAGAAAAAAUACCCUUCUUUGAAAAGACCCAAAAGGAAACUCUGCUAUAUAACAGACAAAGAAAGCCCAUCUAAGCAGUGGACAGGAGCGUUAUCCCUGGAAGAUGUAGACAAGAUGUUUGAUGACAUCGAUUCAUGCACACCUCUACAUCCACCGUCUCCCCUGCUCCAGAGCUCUGAUACUGAGACGAACCCCAGUGAGACCCAACUCUCUGUUAGCCCACAGCAGAAACAUCCAACAGAAAAACCUCAAGAACAUCAAACGGCAUUACCCAAUCAAGCCAGUCCUGUGACUUUGGCUGAUAACAAAACACAGGGUCCUGAUGGAGAUUCCGUAGAUCAUUCCUUGGGAUCUUUAAGUCCUAAACUGGACAUAAAUUUUGACAUCCCAUUCAAAGCAAAUGGACAUGUAAAGACCUCCAGCCCUAUUGAGAAGAACAUAGAUGUAAAAGAGCAGGACAACAAAAACGACCAAGUUGUAUCUCCCAUUCUCUUCAACUGUGAAGAUGAAGUUGUUGAGGAACUUAACAAAGACUCUCCAGUCAGUCAGAAGCCCCACUGUAAUGGACUAAAUGCAGAGGAGAGUGCUGAUUUAGAUCUGGAAUCCCCCCCAAGCAGAGUCACUCUCACCAAAAAGUCAAGUCAUAAAAUGAAGGCAAAAGAACCACAGGCUCAUAACGGACAAAAUGAUACAGACCUGCCUGCUUCAACAGUGAGACAGGAUCCUGAAUUCACAGCACCUGAGGAUAACGCCAAAAAUGUUUCCUCCCAGCCAUCUGAAGAGAUGUCCUCACGUGUGGGAAAACAUAUGAUUAGUAAGAAGUCACCAGUUAAAGCACCACCUCCCGCUGCCCCUCCUGAGCCAGAAGACAAUUUCCUGAUUCUGGAAGAUGAUGCACCUCUUUGGUUUUCCAUCCCAAGCAAAAGUACCACGAAUAAAAGACCACAACUGAGCAAGACUUCCAGCAAUGACAAAGAGCACCUUACCGAUAACAGAAGCCCUGAUAGUCUAUUAGAAAAUCAACAAGAACAGCACAGACUGGAAACGCCAAGCAGCAAAGAUGAAGAUCAGUCUGUUACUAAAAAAAAGAAGAAGAAUUCUGAGGUGACUGGGCCUAAAAAUGAUGGAGAGGCUGACUUACAGGAUCUGCCUACAGGUGACAUGGUGGAACAGCCGAAAGCGAAAAAAAAGAAACAGCAACUGAGGAAAUCUUCAUCCAAAUUGAGUGACAAAAAAGAAGAUCAACCAAAAAACACACCCAAAGAAAACACAUCCCUGGAAACAAAAACAAAAGCACACAAGCUCUCCGAAAAGAAAAUGUUAAAAGUUUGUAAAGAAAAUACCAGGACGGGCAAGGCCAGCGCAUUAAAAGAGGCCAGAGAACGUUCAACCCGAUUGGGUGCUGUGAAGGAGAUGGAGCAGGUGGAUUUAAUCAAGGAGCAAAGUCAGGAGCAGCGCAGUACAGAACCUUCAGAUUCUGAGGCCCAGGGCUAUUUGUCAGAUGAAAGGACUACAGGAAACAAACAGCCAGGAGCCUCCAGUGGAAGUGUGUCUGAAGAUGCUGGGCUGCUUGGGAAAAGGAAAAGAAGGAAAACUGGUCAGUGGUGGCUCAACUCCCCUCAGGACACAGAGGAAACAGAGAGCCAGCAGCCUACUAUUAAGAGGUCAAAGCAGAAAAAUAAAGAGCCCAACCCUGCAGGUCGUUCACCGGCAAAGGCCAGGAAUGAAAAAGUUAACAAGAAGAUUAGUCAGAAACAGCCCGCAAAAAUACCCAGCAAGCAUUCUGAGAAAUCUAAACAGAAGAAAACCAAGCAGAACAAAAAGAGAAAUGGAAAAGGAGAUGAGGCAGAUAAGAUAAAAGCAGCGGGGGAAAUAUUCAGCGCAGACGAGGCAGAGCCGGAGCAGCAGGACAUCUGUAAUCAAGACCUGGAUCCGCAGCAGUCCAUUCCCUUGGUCUUUUCACACAGAGACCACAGUCUCAGCUCUGGAGGUCAAAUAUUUCAAAGAGUCUAUCAUGGCUCCAGUGACAAAAUAUCAGCACCUGCCUCUCCCAAACAACCCAGGGAGCAGCUGACAGAGGCAGAGGCCGGAAAGCGGCGGAGGCGGCCACCUGGUACCUGGUGGUCAUUAAAGAGCGGGGCUAAAGAUUCAGAGAGCGUCGACACGCAGCCUCAGAAUCCUACUCCCAAGGGGCCCAAAGGACGACAGAGAAAGAAAAGCCAGCCUAAACAGAGGAAAUCUUCUGGUCUCGGUGCGCCACAGAACGGCAACGUGUUAGUCCCAGUGAAACCUGCGGGAGGAGCUCCAGUGCCUCCUCUGUCCGCUCCAAAGACAGUCAAACGCUCUUUGGCAACCUUCAAAAACAUUUUCACCUCUGGCAUAGAGACUCCCAGUGCGGUCAGUGACAGAGACGCACAUCAGAGUAGCAGAUGUCACGUCACCCCACACCCUGCAGAGGUGAUUUCUGCCACCAGCUUCAUAACAGGCAGCCGAGCCGAGGAAGAUAAAGCUGACGGGGCCAUUGCGGGAUGCACAGACCACGACGCCCCACAAGACGGAGAGUGUCAGUCUGAGGACACGUUAAAAGUCCUGAGAAGUGGACCGUCCUCCAUGAUUGAGCUGGAGCAGUACGAAGAAAAUGACGACAUAAUUUUGCCAUCAUCGAGAGUCCAAGCUGCGCUGUCUGUUUCAGAUCUGUGUGCUCCUCCUCUCAAACCACUGAGUUUACACCCGAAUGAUAAGGCCAACCUCACCGAGUGGUUCCAGAGUCUGUGGUCCACCUCUGCCGAUGAUGGUGCCUCCGCCACUCCAGAGCAAUUUGACUGGUACUCCUACCAGGACCGAGCCCUUGGCUUCCAGGUGGAUCUGAACAGCGGCUCCAUCUGCUCUGGAAAGAUCCUGCUGGGAUCCCACAUGAAGAAGCCCCUCUGGGUGGAUCACAGCGCCACAACGGUCUUUAAUUUAUUAACCAGCUCGGUGAGCGUGACCAUUGACGGUGGCGUGUCCCGCUACAGGUCUGGACAAGCCUUCAUGGUCGAAUGUGGAAGAGCCUACAGCAUCCACAAUAACAAGGCACAGCCGGCCGUGCUGUACUUCACCAGGGUGUUGGCAGAUAGUCCGGACUGACACCACCAGCCAGCCAGAUUUUUAUUUGAAACCACCAAACUCCUGCAUGUGUUCUAAAGCACACUGGGCUUCGUCAGUAUUUAAAUGGUCUUAUUUUGAGUAUAGAUAUGAGUUGUAAGUAUGAGAUUCGGUGUAAUUUUUAAACAAACUUUUCAAGCCUAAGCUGUGCUUCAGAUUGUAAGAUUCUGCCAAAGCAGACUUAAAAAAAACUUGUAAAUAAAUUUCCUUUUUUUUUGUCUUUUGCAGUUUAUUUUCAUUUGAAAUAUAAAGUUCUUGGAUGUAGAUUUAUUUGGGGGGGAGGGGAUUGAAUAUGAUUAAAAAAAACAUUUUUUUUUAGGAUGUAAUCUGUACUUUUCUUUGCAGGUUCACAAACAACAAAUGCUUUAAUUCAAAACAUUAAACAAAAGCAGGGAAAUAUUUUUUCUGCGUUUUUUGAUUGUCUAAUGUGAAAUAAUGCACA